AUGAAGCCCGCCAAAUCACCGGGCAUAGAGAAGAAAGCUUUCAGAGGACAGUGGAGGAAAGAUGAGAAGGCGCAAGAGAUCCCUGAUAACAAUAUGUUUAUUGUCUUUCCGUGUAUCAUGGCAGCCACCUUCUUGUGUGCGUUGGACUCUACCAUCAUAACUACGGCACUUCCAAGCAUAUCCGCAGACUUGCAAAUGGAUUCCGCUGAGUACUCAUGGGUCGGCGUGGCUUAUCUUCUCACAAGUUGCGCGUUGAUCCCGGUCGUUUCCAAAGUGGGAACGAUAGUCGGCGAGAAGCUGAUAUUUAUUGUCGGAAUUCUAUGUUUCUGUUUGGGUAGUGGCCUUUGUGCAGGUGCAAAGUCAGGGUUUUGGCUAUGUAUCGCCCGCGGAGUGCAGGGAUUAGGCGGCGGAACUAUUAUGAGCUCCGUCCAGAUCGUCAUCUCGCUUAUUACGGAAUUGAGCAACAGGGGUCUCUAUAGCGGGCUAAUAGGUAGUGUAUGGGGUAUCGCUUCAGUGUUAGGGCCGUUACUAGGAGGCGCAAUCACCGAACAUGCCAACUGGCGCUGGUGUUUCUGGAUCAAUUUACCAAUAUCCGCAGUCGUUAUGGCAGCCUUAUGCUAUUUCCUCAAACUGAGCCCGCGAGAGAGGCCAAAUUGGAAGCAAGUAUUGAUACAGUUUGAUUAUGUCGGUUUAGUUUCAAUUCUCAUUGGUUCGGUGUGUUUGAUACUUGGCUUUUCAAUAGCCUCAAACUCUGGCUGGCAGAAUCCAGCUGUGAUCGCGUUGGUCGUGGUAGGUGGUGUGGUAACAAUUUUUUUCGGUGUAUGGGAGACAUACACAACCAGUUCUGCAAUAAUUCCGCCUCGGCUGUUUAAAACGCUGACAACGACUAGCAUCUUGAUCGGCAACUUGUUCCAUUCCAUUGGCUAUCUGGCCAGUUGCUACUAUUUACCCGUCUUUUUUCAGGUAGCCGAUGGUACAGGGCCGUUAGAGUCAGGAGUCCGGCUUCUUCCUUACACCCUGGGAGCGAGUGUUGUCUCCAUCGUCUGUGGUUUGCUGGUUGCUCGGUUCCACAAGUACCGCAUCAUGAUCUGGCUGAGUUGGGCGAUUCAAGUGCUUGGCUAUGGAUUGAUGACAACGCUUCGGAAUGACUCUAACACGGCUAAGCAAAUCCUUUACAUCCUUGUAGCGUCAUUGGGCGUUGGGUGCUUGUUUCAGGUUCCUUUGUUGGCCAUGCAGUCAAGCCUGCCCAUUGUUGACGUUUCUACUGGGACGGGAGCAUAUGUGUUUGUGCGAAGUCUUGGUGGCUGCAUUGCGAUCUCCGUAUCUGGAACCAUUGUUUCAAAUGUGUCAAAGAAGAAGUUGCAGAACAUCCCCAACGCUGGAUCUCUUGUUGGAUUAAGCACAGAAAACCUCACUGAUAUAAAGAAUAUGCAGCCAGAGUCGUUGAAAGUACAAGUACAGGCUGCUUACUCGGAGGCGAUUGCUAAAAUCUUCAUCAUGGUUGUGGUUUUGGCUGGUUGUGGCUUGAUUUCGUCACUUUUUAUUAAGCGGUAUGAAAUGCGAACAAAUACUGUUAAAAAGGGUGAGCAGAAAAAUGUGGAGAAGACAGAAGACGAAAAUACAAAGCAGGAAGAACACACAGAGCAGGACGAGCCUACAGAAAAGGAUGAGCACACAGCGCAGGACUCUAAGAAGGAUAUGAAUCCAGUAUCAUCCAAUGAGUCCUCCACUAUAGCAUAUAGCGAUGGAAAGGAAUCGAACUAA